UUACAGUUAUAGUUACUUAAAAAGUAACGAGUUGUUACUUUUCUGUUAAUUUCUUGAAAUCUUUAUGUAUUGCUAUCUUAAAUUUUACAAUUUUACAUUUCUAAAUUAUAUUACUUUGUGGCGACCAUAAGAGUGGCUUAUGAUAUCCACUCCGAUGAUCCCGCGUUAAACGCGCGACUGUCAAAACGCACUUUCGUUAUGCACUUUCGUCCCGAAAGGAAAGGGUGAUCGUAAAGGAGAGCGUCACGAAAGUAUAAGGAAAAGAAACAUGGAACGCGGCAGCGACAAACCUCCCCUUCAUUCGAUAUCCACAACAGAUAGUUUCCUUCGUCAAGCAUCCCGCCGAGUUCGAGUUCUGUAUACGGACAGGAAGGGAAACUUUCAUUAGCAGCCGGGUAGAUCAAAGCUUGUCUCAAUCUUUCGCAAAUCGUCACAAAGGUUGCCGCAAUCCAUUAUACGACCGUCACAUAGUAAAAUUAAACAUUCGAUUAUAUCGUAACGUUAUUUUGCAUGCAUAAUAAAUCAUGGAGCAAAAAAAAAUAUAAGAAAAGGGGAGUUAAAAGAAAGGAAAGAAAGGAGAAAAAGAUGUCGGAAAAAGAGGAAGUGGAAAGAAAUAUUAAUUCUUCGAUGGUCGAUUUUCUUGCAGCUUUCCCAAUCAAACCGAGUCGCUGGUACCUGACAGUGUCCUUGAAAAUGUUUUCGGGUUCUAGAAAAUCUAAAAAAAAUUUACUUUUCCUGCAAUAUUCCAGAAUACGACUAUUAAUGGAACGAAAUUAAGUUAUAGCUACUGAAAGAAGGUAACUGUAACUGUAACUUCGUUAAAAGUAACGAGUUAUUUCCCAAGCCUGAUGAUAUUGUCUUUCCGCGGCUGUACAACAUACCACGUUAAAAAAAAAGCUACGCAACGACGUGAUAACGAUAACGCCACUGUUGUCAAGAGUUAUAGAAUAAGUCUACGCGUAGAAUGGCGCUUCCACCAUCUACCAUUAAAACAAAUUGCUUCGAGACGUUCCUUGCAUCUUCCACGCACUGCAAUCACUUGUUUACGACCUUAUGUUUAUUUGCGUUACUCCCCACGUAACCCUGAAUUGCAUAAUACACCUCCGUGAUGGUGAUGGUGAUGGUGAUAGUGGUGGUGACGCUCUUCUUUCGAACAAUCGGACCUCGACCCGACACGCGAAGUCGAUGCAGCUAGGUGAUAACUGUUACAGCGAUAAUGGUGAUGACGUAAUAAUGAUUUAGUACGGAUAGAUCAAUAUCACACAUUUCCGUGUCACGUGCCAUCAAUAUUACCGCCAUCAUCAUUUUUUUUUUAGGGCGGAUUCGAAAAUUCUGCUCGUCAGGUAGAGUGACUUUUGAAUGACCAAUCAGGAGAAGGAAAUCUUAAGAUUGAAUGACCUUAAGAUUGAAUGAUCUUAAGACUUCUUCCCGAUUGGUCGUUCACAGUCUAUCGGACGAGUAGGAUUUUCAAACCCUUAAGGGUACGAACGACACACUAAACCACCACCGCCAUCACUACCGUCACCACUUCUCAUUCAUCUCAGUUGUCAGUCAGAAGUUUAAAGUGAUUGCUCUCGGUGAACUUUCUGUAGAGAACAAGUAAGUACUCAAAACGCACCUCGCGCGAUUUUCCGACGAAAACAUACGCAGCACUCUCAGGUAACUCUUAUAUUCACUUCUGUUGAGGCGCACGCGUGCCGUCGACGCUUCAAGAAAUUCAAGGUAACCGUUCUGUGUGUUACGUGGGGAAUUCGCAAAUAAGCAUAAAGUCGUAAGAGCAAAUGAUUGCAGCGCGCGCGGAUGGCGAGCGGGGCGAAACAAUGUUUUGUUAAUGAUCGACGGUUGAAAUCUCUAUUUUAACUUUCGAGAUUCGAGAUGUAACACAUCUUAAACUUUUAUCAGCACCGUGGACACUUUCCGUGAAGAACGAUCAACCGGGAGCAGCCUAACUAUCGCGACGUAUCGUAUUUUUGCUAUUUGUUUAACUGUUCAAACAACAUCUGCUCGGACGACUUGUUUGAUCGGAAUCAUUCACAGACGUCUCUAUAAUACAUUGCCGAGUUCGAUUUGGAUGUAGCACCUCUCGUAAACAAAUGGAGCAGAUUAAACUGAGUAGAAAAAUCAUUUAUCGUUUUACGAUUUUCGCAAUGGUUAACUCUCAACAACAUUUUAUAUAGGACACCUUGUAUAUAUAGUACAUAAUAUGAUUUUGCAAAAAUAAAAUUGUCCCAUACAUUUUUCAACUUGUGUCAUAGUUUUAAGAUUCAAAUUUCUAAUUGAAAAUUUUUAAUAAUUUAUUAAUUUCGAACCUGAUUGGAUUUUCGGUUUUCAAAAUUAUUUUUUGUAGACGCUCGAACAUGAUCGAAUUAACGUUAUCAUUAUAUCACAGUUAUUACAAUCUAAAAAUUUUAUAAAAUUUUCACAUGUGUGCAAUUACGUUCCACAUGUUACUUUGCAGCAAAUUUUCUAACAAAGGAGUCGUGGGCAGCUGCCUGCGCAGGAAACCCUGCGCAGGUAAUUUUUUGGAAAAUUCUUAGGGACCGUUUUGUGACCGCACUUUCUAAACUUGUCAUCCCUCCUUUCUAAAUUCGUUUUCAUAAAUGAGAAUUUCUUAUUCUGUCUUUGUUUUGCAUACGGUAGUAAAAUAUAGUACGCGAGACAAAGACAGACGGGAACAAGGAAUCCUCAUUUCUCAUGAAAGGACUACGGAUGCCGACGUUAGUUACCUAAGUGUCCAUCUAUUGCAUUCUCAAGUAAUUUAACUGUCGUGCCCGAGUAUUUUCUUGCCAUUUCUUCUUCGAACGUCAACGCGCACAGUUCGACGACAGUUUCCAUAAAAGCUCUUUUAACGAAUUUUGUCAUCGCGAAAUGCCUUACUGCAAUCGACGCGUCGCACGAAAAGCGUCUCCCGUCACUGAUGAUGAACACAUAUCAUCGGAAGCGGAGAAUACGUCACCACGUUCAUCUCCUAGUGUAAAUCGUGCCAAUCGACGCGUCGCUGUCGUCCAAAAUACCUCUGGAAGGAGACGUCGCGGUAACCUGCCGAAGGAAUCGGUGGAAACCUUAAAACGUUGGCUCAGUGAACACCGUUUCAACGCUUAUCCGGACGAGGCUGAGAAAUUGGCUCUCAGUACGCAGACCAAUCUAACAGUCAUGCAAGUGUGUAACUGGUUCAUAAAUGCCAGGCGUCGCCUCCUCCCUGAACUCUUGCUACAAUCCGGCGAAGAUCCAAAUCAAUAUACUAUCUCGCGCCGUUCCCGUCGCAUGAACUCCAGCGGCAGUGGCGGUUCCGGUCCCAUUCAGCAUAGUCGCCUUCGGCAAGGACGAAGAACACCUUUCGAGCCGAUUAGAGGCGGUAGACCAGGAUCAUGUAAUAUAGAUGUGCAGCGUCGCGAUAUGAAAAAGUCCGAGUGUAGUCAAAGCGAGGAGUAUCCGAAUGAAUACGAGAGCAGUCCGAACGACUACCGAGUCGACAGCGAGGAGGAACAUUCGAUACGAUGGCCUAACGUAAUCGUUCGUCCCUAUGGCGAGGCUCAUUUCGAGGAAAUAGGCGGCGAACGUAUUUGUCAACCGUAUGUUCGACGAAGGUGCAGCCAUUCAUCCGACGGAAUUUCUGAACACACUUACGAAGAACCUGCUGGUUAUUGGAGCGCUCCUCGCGAACACCUAUCAGCGUCGCCUAUUUUUCAACAGCACAUAGCGCUUCGUGGCUUGACACAACAAAGUCUUGAAAAUGCUUAUUUUCAUGAACAAAAUGGUGAUGGCUUGAAUAUGCUCGCCGAAGUUGCUGUAUCCUACGCUCAAUCUAUUCCGUCUUCACCAAACCAAUCAGUGUCGUCAUGCUCCUUGCCAGCUUCAUCACCACCUUUGUCUUCCGUGUCGCCGAUCUCUUCACCAAUGGAAGAGCCUAUUCCGGAAGAGACUAUUGAAAAGCAGGAAGAGACUAUCGCAUCAGUAGAAGACAUUGUGGCACCAGUAGAAGAAGCUGUUGCAUCAUUUAAUACCGCUGCAUCGGUUCAUACCGUUGCAUCGGUUCACACUGUUGCAUCAGUUCACACUGUUGCAUCAAUCGAGACUGAAAUUAUUGCACCAGUAGAAGAGACUGUUUCACCAAUUGAGGAGACCAUCUUAAACUAGGUUGGUAAUUAUGAUCGUAGUCUUCGUUGUUAACACAGGCUUAGAAAAAAAAUGUUUUGUUUUUGGUUCAAAAACAGCAGUAUAUAAUCCUGAAAGUUUUUGGCAUCCACCAAAUCCAGAGCCUAAAUUGCUCAAUUACGUAAGGUUUCCGAGAUAUUCUAUCUACUUAAUAAUAAAACCUCAAAGUUUCAAAAAGGCCUAUUUCAUGCAUUUUUAGAUUAUAAUAUCUCAGAAACCUGACGUGAUAGAAUAAUUUGGAAUAUAGGUUGGCUUUAUAAUAUGCCAAAAAUCUUCGGGAUUACAUAUUGGUUCUUUCUACGUUAAAAUUCAUGUCUGCCUGUGUAAUGUUAACAAAAUGGCACUAUAAAAGAUAAAUGAAAGAAAAUGUCUGCAAAAAUUAUUAACUUUUAAGAAAAUUGUUUGAAAUUGAGUUCUUUUUUGCCGACUUUAUCAUUGGAAGAUCAUUAAGCGGCGUUGCUCGAGAAAGAAAUAAAAAUCCCUCUGAUAAACAAAUAAAUUACAAAUUAUAUUUAAUCGUUACGUUCAUAUAUAUAAAUAAGCAAUCGUCAAUCAUUAUGUCAUAUCAUGCAUCUCAAUAUUAAGUAGAUACUAAUACAUCGCAACAUUAAUUAUACAAGGUGGUUUGUACAAAAUGUGACAAGCUAAUAACUCUAAAAAUAUCUGUUGUAUCAAAAUUGUAAACAAUUUUUUUUAAAUUAAAUUUUAAAAAGUUUUAAAAUUUUUAUUUAUGAAGUUACUCAUCCCUCCUCUCUCUCACUCUUCAAGAGAGUGGCGAGGACGAAUUUUUACUUACAUAAUUAGUAAGGCCCCUCGAAUACAUGAAUAACUUUUUUAUAUGACAUAUAUAUUUAGAGUUAUUGAUUUGUCAUACUUUACGUGAGCCAUCUUGUAUAUAGCCCAGAUAGUUGAUGUUUUUUAUCGUCACUUUAACAUUAAAAUAACUGUCAUCUUUAACGACAUUUCGACAUCAAAGUGACAACAAAUAACGUCAGCUUUCUAUCUGGGGAGGAAGGAGAGUGUCCCAUUUUAAUCAAUCCAGUCAAUUUAUUUUCUGACCUUUCAGAAUUACAGAUUUUUACAACCCUACACAAUUGCAAUAUUGACCUUUUUUCUUCUUAUUUGAAUUACUUAAAGUAAUAAUGUUUGCAGCAAUUUUCUAUGAUAAGACAUGAAUAUGAAUAUUAACAUCGAUGAGACGCGAUUGUAUCAUUAUUUUUACAUAAUUUUGGUAUUUUUCAUGACAUUUUAAAGUUUUCAGAUUGUCUUGAUUAUAUUCUUCUACUUUCCGUUCAUGUUGUUCUCGAAUUUCAUUAUGUUCUAGAAACUUUUAAAUAUAAAACAUUGAAUGUAUUUUCUAGUAGCCCUCGCGAGUCGCAUUUAUUUUUUAAUAAACGCGCGCGAAAGACAUGUCAAGAUAAUGCAUUUUCGCACAAAUCGCGCUCUCGAAAUCAUUAAAUUUUCUCGUCUCAUCGUUUUAAGCACAUCGACAAUAGAAGAACAAAUUGAAAUAAAACAUUACAGCAUGUAAAUAUAGAAGUAAUAUAGUUUUUAAAAUGAUGCGCACUUUUUAAAGAAAAAAGGAAGGCGUGCCCACCAAAGAGUUGUCUCUAUUAAAGAUACUUAUAUUAACUUAGAUCUAAGUCAAAGAUUAGUUUUCUAUAAGUACUACUAAUUAAAUUGUGUUAAUCGGUAGACAAUUCUUAGCAUAACAUAACAUUUUUUUGUCUGUAAAUAUUAAGAGAGACGAUUGUGUGCGACAAGAACUGACGAUACAUUAUACGUGAAAUAACACAUGUUUGAAAUACAUGCGCGAAAUUAUCACGUGAAUUAAAAUCUGCUUCCCAUUACAAGAGUCACAUUAUAUUGUGCGAUUGUAACGUGACCCAUAAUGAACGCGUGUUCAUGGACAAAGUUGUUGAAUUUACAACUGAAGUUUAUUUUAAUAUGACUUAAUCAAUUUUGUUAUCAUAGUGAUAAAUCAAAUAUUUCGUAUCUAUUUCGAUCCUCCUACACGUAAAUCAAUCACCUCAAUUUUAAUUCGGUACAUAAUUACGAAUUAAAAUUCUAUCGAACUCUAUAUGAUGUUAAACUGAUAAUUAUAGUACCAUUAUCAAUAUAAGCCCCCCUAGCUUCUACCUGCGUAUACAUCUCCAUAAAAAUUAGUUUCCCGUGAAAUUAUUCGUGAAUAAUUCAGAGUACUUGGAAAGAUCUCUGGAAUAAUUUGCGAGUAACUAUACAAUGUCUAUUUAUGUCUUCCCGCAAUUUUGAUAUUUAUAACAAAUUCUCCGAGAUUAGAGAUUGGAAAUUUCGUCUUAGAAUUGCUACAAACGCGACCCCAGGGGCUUUUCGGCUAUAUUUCUCAGUUUUAAUUUCAAAUAGAUAUCUAAAAGUACUGUACACCACUGCCAAUCACGUAAGUAAAGUGUCUUAAGCACUAUAUUUUUUAAAGCGCCCGUUGUUGAAUUACCGUAUAUAUUAAGCGUUUGCAGGAUUCAUUACAUUGUGGGGAGAGAUCGAACCCAACGUUCGAAGCGUUCUAUUCUAUAAAACUUGUACAAAUUUACUUACUGUUCUACAACUGUUGUGCCUUCUCUUGAGACGUCCUGGAUACGAGGGACGUCUCUCAAGUCUUGCGUCCACGAUGCUAGAAAAUUGUUCCGAGAUCUCGGGCAGAAAGAGAAUUGGCCAAUCACACUUGUACAAUUUCGCCAACUGAUUAAUGCGAUUAGUGCUAGUCCAUUCUCUCUCAAUUUUUGGAUCGAUUUCUAGCAUCGUAAACGCAAAGCUUUAGUUUGUAGUUACGACUGUUAGAUAGACUUUGCUGUGAAUCGACGGUGACGCUAGCUCAUUUUCUCGAGUUCACGUCGAUCAAAAUUGUGCAACAGCAUGGUCGUGCGUUUUCUACACUUGUACGUAUGAGGACACCGUCCAGGAGGACAAGAGGAGUACAAGAUAUUCUCUCCGGCGCGCAACUCUGAUCCACAAAGAUGUCCGGGAAUAUAAAAUUCUCUUUUUUCCCUUUAUGUAAGUAUGAUGCCGAUUAUCUUGAGCUUUAGAAAGCGAAUCGGGCUCGUUCUCUAAAUUUUUUUCAAUUAAUAUGAAAAAAUGGUUUCCGCUGAGAAUACGUCUUUUGCAUCCAGCGCCCUGUCAAAUAUACGUAAAAAAAAAAAGAAAUGUGCAUCAACUAGUACUUAUCCAUAGAAUUUCUGUGAUGAAUUAUAAAAUAAUAAUCAAGCGAAAGAGAUGUCUUGCAUCCUCCGCCGGCGGCAAGUGACUUAUUAUGACAAUUUAUGCAUAAGUGUAGAAAACGCGCGAUCGCACUGUUGCGUACCUCGGUCGGAGAGUAAACUUAUUAUCCGAUGUUCCUAACAAUCGCGAUUGGUAUUAAUGUACUUCCAGGAAUUAAUAUUCUGCGGCAGGACGUAAGGUACUUCUUUCGUGUUUGAUUAUUAAUCUACGGGCGAUGGAAUUAAUGUUGAGAUUCGUUAAGAGUUGCGUUAUGAAUAUAUUUUCAUAUAUGUUCAGCAGAGUUCAUUAGAAUAUAUUAAAGAAGAAAAAGAGGGAGGGGAGGCGCGAUCGCAAUAUCUAUCCGCAAAGAUCUUUUCGCGCUAAUUGAAGAAGAUUCACAAGAAAAGGCUUUUUCUCCAAUUUUAAUGAAACGUAAUGAGUUUUAUAGAUAGGCUUGUAGAUGUACGUAAAGGUAUUCGCACGUUACAUAUUUUUUAUGUCAGCAACCAUAUUUAAGGAAUGAAAUUACCUCUCGAAAAUUUUGGCCAAAUUUUUUUCGGCUGUAAAAAAAAAUCAAUUUUUAUACCAGUGAGUAGUUUUUGAUUUUCAGUUUUUUGGCAGAUUUUCGAGAGCCUAUCUCACUCCUUAGACAUGUUUGGUUGCUGACAUAAAAAAUACGCAACGAAUGUUUUUACUCCUUCUACAAACUCUACCAGGUUUCAUUAAGAUCGGAGAAAGGCACCUGAGAGCCUUUUGUUGUCAGAAAAUGGGCCCGAUUCGCUUUCUUCAAGACGACCUGUGUCGUAUUUAUAUGAGGGGAAGAAUUGCAAGUUGCCUUGAUCUUUAGAAUAAUCUUUAAGAACUUUUGUCAUCGGAGUCGCGCGUCGAAAAUUCUUUGCACGAGGAAUACCUUGUACUUCUCUUCGUAUUCCGGAUGGCAGAGGAUUUUUAGUACUUGCGGAAUAGACCACGUCUAUUAAUAAUUUACGAUAUAAGUGAAGGUACACGUUUAUCUUAUGAGUUCCGCCGAGAGAUGAGACGGAAUUAGAUUUGUAGUGUUUCCAUUGGAGAUAUGCGAAAGUCAGGAUUAUAAAAGCGUAAUAAUCCCCAAGAGGCAAAGGUAGCUGUUUCAACCGGUCCAGCGCCCUUUCGCUCAUUCAUCGCGACGCAUAUCCCGAGUAGGUACAAGCGUAUAUUUAGCUAUGUGAAUCAGUUACAGUUCAAACGAGCAAUUUCUCGGCCUAAAAAAAAACAUAUCACUACAUUUUCGGACAAUAAUAUUGCGUGCAGAACUAUUGUAGUCGAUUUAUAAGAAGGUAGAUCGAAAUUUUAAGUUUGAUUUAUGCAGAACCAUACGGAUACGUAUAGCUUUGUGGGCACGUAUUUAUUAAUCACAUGAACCUGAUCGUGCAAGUCUCUCUCUCUCUCUGCGCCAAUAAGCAUAUUACCUAAGCUUUCGGACAAUAAUGCUAAAUGCGUGGCGCAUAGAAUUAUCACAGCCGAUUCGUAGCAGAGUACAUUGAUUUUCAGUUUGAUUAAUACGUGAACACAAAUAUGCGUAUCCUCUGCAGCGUGCACAAGCGCUAAACUUGUUAGAACCAGAGUGAAAUCUGGUUUCACUCUCCGCAUCGAUAUGUAUAUCGUUAUAUUUUCGAACAAUAAUGAAAUGCGCUCAGAAUUUGCUGUUGUACUUUGUACCAAUCUUAGUUUGAUUUAUACGUACAUGCACGGAUAUGCAUGUCUUCGUAGGCGCGCAUGAACGUUUAUAAGCAUUGUGAACGUGUUAGAAUCAGAAUGAAAUCUGGUUUCACUCUCCGCAUAAACUUUUGAACAAAAUAAUGAAAUGCGCUCAGAAUUCGCUGUCGUAUUUUUGUAAGAGAGUUAUGCCAGUUUUAUAGUUUGGUUUAUACGCGCGUACAAGAGAUGCGUAUGACGGAUAAAAUAUACAGGUGCCAUAAAA